AUGGCUCUCCCACUCCCCUCCGGCCUCGUGCCCAACGAGGUCGGAUUCCUUUGCGAAAUGGAAUCCGUGACGGUAGUGCCGCGGCAAAGGCUUGAUACCAUUGACCUUCUAAGUGGUCAAACUCCUACACUCCGCCCCCCAUACCGCGCCAACCUCCCUCUAUGGCUAGCCCUCCUCCUCAAGAAACAACGACGAGCAAACAUUGUCCCCCCACCGUGGCUACACCCAGAUUCGCUCCGCGGCGUGAUCCACCACGAGGUGAAAGUAGACCCGCUCGCCUUUUCCCCGCCACCACCACCGCCAGCCCGCGCCGACGCCCGCGGCAACGCCCACCACCCCACGAGGCCGUCCGCCUACGACGACGUCGCUCUCUCCCCGCCCUUCCUCUCCUCCUGCACGUCCGAUGCUCCCGCCGGCGCGUUGCCGUACCACUGGUUCGAGGUCGCCGAGAUCCUCCUCGCCCACGCGGCCGACGACAUCCCCUCGGCCUCGGAGGUGCGCUCCCUCCUCCGCGACCUCCACGAGAUCCGCGCGGCCAAGAUGCGGAAAAGCACGGCCGACCUGGAACAGGGCGUCGGCGGUGUGCUGCACCUGCGCGGCGUCGGCGCCAUGGAGCUGGCCGAGAGCCGCGCUUUCAUCCUCGGCGUCGUCGAGGGCGUGCGCAGGCUGGGCGCCAGCGCUGAAGCGACCCGUCGCGAAGAGGAAGAGGAGGGCCGCGCCCGUGAUGAGGAUGAGGAUGACGAAGAUGAUGAUAUGUUUGGAUGA